UUCUGAGUUGGGCUUGUGGUGUUUUGGGUCGACGAGGGAGAUGUUGGCGGUGUUCGAUCGGAAGGUCGCGAAGUGCCCGGAGGGGCUGAGGAGCCCGGGGGCGGAGGGGGGCGACGGGGGACGCAGCAUGUUGGAUCACUUCCUGGCGGCGCGAGCGGGGGCGGUGGCCAUCAACCUUGGCUCUUCUGGGGGCUUGGCUUACACGUCGAAGAAGCAGACUCCUCUGCUUCCGAGAUUAUUCGCUGUGGUGGAUGAUAUAUUUUGCUUAUUCCAAGGGCAUAUCCAGAAUAUAACUUCUCUCAAGCAACAGUAUGGAUUAGGCAAGACUGCUAAUGAAGUAAUUAUUGUCAUUGAGGCGUAUAAAACACUGAGAGAUAGAGGACCAUUCCCUGCAAGUCAAGUUCUGAGAGAUCUAAAUGGAAAAUUUGCUUUCAUUCUGUUUGAUAGCUCAUCAAACACUACCUUCAUGGCCAGCGAUGCUGAUGGGAGUGUUCCCUUCUUCUGGGGAGCUGAUGCACAAGACCAUCUUGUACUUUCCGAUGAUGCGGACAUUGUCAAGAAGGGUUGUGGAAAAUCAUUUGCACCUUUUCCUAAAGGCUGCUUCUUUACGACAUCUGGGGGAUUGCAGAGUUUUGAGCAUCCUAUGAACGAACUUAAGCCGAUGCCAAGAGUUGACAGCCAAGGCCAGGUCUGUGGUGCUACGUACAACGUUGACUACAUGGCUAAGAAGGAUGCCGGGAUGCCCAGAGUCGGCAGUUCUGCAAAUUGGUCUUCCCAAUUUUAACACUGCAAGCAAUUGCAUGCUGCCUUUGUUGUUUCUCCCUACAUAUAUUAACCAUGUCUUUUUUUCCAUUUGAUGUAUCCAUGCUUCACCUUGGUGAUUGUGCACAUCUUUGCAAGAAUGUUUAUGCUCUUGCCAAAGACCUUGCUAUAGCAUAAAGCAUCAUACCUAUGUUUGGAUCCCUGAACCUUUUAUGUAGCAGUGAUAAAUCUCCCACUUGUAUGUGGCAAAUAAAAGUUCUUUUUACUUCUUUUGAUCAA